AGGCUGAGAGGCCAGCCAGGACUGCCCACGUUCUCACGAUGUCUGAUGGGGACUACGACUACCUGAUCAAGUUCUUAGCUCUGGGAGACUCCGGCGUUGGCAAGACCAGCAUCCUCUAUCAGUACACCGACGGCAAAUUCCACUCCAAAUUCAUAACAACGGUGGGCAUCGACUUCCGGGAGAAGAGAGUGGUGUACCGGCCCCACGGGCCAGAUGGCCUCAGUGGCAGAGGGCAGAGGAUUCACCUGCAGCUCUGGGACACCGCCGGGCAAGAAAGGUACCGGAGCCUGACCACCGCCUUCUUCAGAGACGCCAUGGGCUUCCUCCUCCUCUUCGACCUGACCAGCGAGCAGAGCUUUCUCAACAUCCGGAACUGGAUGAGCCAGCUCCAACUGCAUGCCUACUGCGACAACCCGGACGUGGUCUUGUGCGGAAACAAAAAUGACCUGGAAGAGCAGAGGGCAGUCAAAGCGGAGGAUGCCAAGGAGCUGGCGGAGAAAUAUGGGAUCCCGUACUUUGAAACGAGCGCAGCCAGCGGGACCAACGUCAGCCAGGCCAUCGAGACACUGCUGGACCUCAUCAUGAAGCGCAUGGAACGGUGUGUGGACAAGUCCUGGAUCCCAGAAGGGAUGGUGCAGUCCAAUGGCCACAGCUCAACGGAGCAGCUCACUGAGGAGGAGAAGGAGAAAAGCCGAUGUGGCUGCUAG